GUGAGGGGAGUUGAAUGAUUGAACUUUCUUGUGUAGUUUCUGCGGCGCGGAGGUGUCCGUCCCCGGCGCAGCCCGGCACCAGCCCAGCAAGCGGCAGCCAACUCACCCCAGCGCCCGCAGCCCCCCGCGCCCCCCGGCCGCCCCUCUGCCCUCCUCUCCCGCGGAGCGAUGGUGCGGAGGGCGCCCGGCGUGUCCCUCGCCCUGCUCCUCUGGGUGACGGCCGCCUGCGGCAGCCCCGACGGGCCGGGGGCCGCCGCCGCCGCCCGAAGGCAGGACGAGGCUUUCGCCGCCGCCAGAUGCACCUCCAGGUGCCUGAGCCUCCAGAUCACCCGCAUCUCCGCCUUCUUCAAGCAUUUCCAGAACAAUGGGUCACUUGCUUGGUGCCAGAAUCAUAAACAGUGUUCAAAGUGCCUGGAGCCCUGCAAAGAGUCCUGGGACCUGAAGAAAAACCAUUGCCAAAGCUUCUGUGAGCCUCUUUUCCCCAAGAAGAAUUAUGAAUGCCUAACUAGCUGUGAAUUCCUUAAGUACAUCCUGUCUGUGAAGCAAGGGGACUGCCCUGCACCUGAGAAGGCCAGUGGUUUUGCAGCUGCCUGUGUUGAAAGCUGUGAAGCUGAUAUUGAAUGUUCUGGAGUGAAGAAGUGCUGUUCCAAUGGAUGUGGUCACACGUGCCAAAUUCCAAAAAAUCUCUAUAAAGGUGUUCCACUGAAACCCCGGAAAGAAUUAAAAUUCAUAGAACAUCAGUCUGGAGACCUGGAGGUGAAGUGGUCUUCAAAGUUCAAUAUUUCCAUUGAGCCUGUUAUCUAUGUUGUUCAGAGGAGGUGGAAUCAAGGGAUCCAUCCAAGUGAGGAUGAUGCUACGAACUGGCAAACUGUGGCACAGACCACGGAGGAGCGCGUUCGGCUGCCGGACACCCGCGCCAGCCGCUGGUACCAGUUCCGCGUGGCCGCUGUGAACGUGCACGGCACCAGGGGCUUCACUGCGCCCAGCAAGCACUUCCGCUCCUCCCGAGAUCCAUCUGCUCCACCAGCUCCAUCUAAUAUCAGGAUUGCCAAUAUCAGUGCAAACAAUGAUGGGAGUGUAAAUGCAAUGAUUACUUGGGAUCUUCCAGAAGAGCCUGAUAUCCCAGUGCACCACUACAAAGUCUUCUGGAGCUGGACGUACAGCAAAUAUGUAAUUCCAGCAAAAAAAAAGAGAAGGAAGAUCACUGAUGGGGCCCAAAAUUAUGUGGUCCUGGAGGGGCUCCAACCCAACAGCAACUACAAUGUGGAGCUGCAGGCAGUGACACGUUGGGGUCAGAUACGCCUAAAAAGUGCAAAGGUUUCCCUCCAUUUUAGCACGACUCAGGACAUCAGGAAUAAUAAGGAACGGACACCAGCUGGGAAACCACAGAAAGGACUGGUAGAUCCUUACCCAGCCUUUCAAAGAAGGAAAACCACUCGUUUUCUUAAAAUUGGAACUCCCUUCUAUCAGGACAAUCAACUUCAGGUCAAAGUUUACUGGAAGAAGACAGAUAUCAGCAUGAAUCAAUUCCAGGUCCACUGGUUACUGGAGUCCUGUGCACACAAUGACACCAAAGGACUUAGGAAAGUAACAGAGCUGACUUAUGAAAACUACAUUAUUCUGAAGGAUCUGUCAUUUUCAUGCAAAUACAAAGUAACUGUUCUGCCUGCAAAAUCUAAAGGUCGUUUUAAGGCUGAGAGUACUUUCUUUGUUACCCCACCUUGCUCUGCGUUUAAAGAAAAAAAACACAAGCACAUUAAUUGUCCUGCUGAAGGAGUGCCAGUUCUACCCAAAGUGUUGGCCAAACCCGAGAAUCUGUCUGCAUCUUUCAUUGUUCAGGAAGGUAACAUCACUGGCCAUUUUUCCUGGAAGAUAUCUAAGGCAGACCUUCACCAGCCCAUGACAGGGUUUCAGGUCACUUGGGCAGAAGUGACCACAGAGAGCCGGCAGAACAGUUUGCCCAACAGCAUCAUUUCCCAGUCACAGAUACUGCCAGCAGAUCACUACAUCCUCACCGUGCCCAACCUGAGGCCCUCCAUGCUGUACCGCUUGGAAGUUCAGGUGCUGACGACUGGAGGGGAAGGGCCAGCCACAAUCAAGUCCUUCCGCACGCCCGACCUUCCUCCGUUUGCACCCCACAGACCUCAUCUGAAGCAGCAUCAUCCACAUCACUACAAGCCAUCCCCAGACAAAUAUUAGACUGUUUCAGAUGAUUAUACAAAUAACUGAGAGAAAAAAACUGAGCUCCCAAAUGAGGGCUGGGUAACAGCACAUCGCUUGGAGCAGUGAACCCAGUUUUCCAAUGGAAGCUAACAUCCUGUAGGAUCUGUAUCUACUUCUCUGUAGUUUAGACAUGAAGAAUUAUGUUUGCACCAUGACCAGGAUGAAUCAUACACCAAGUAUCAUUUCAGUACCAGCACUAUUCAACAAACUGAUGACCACAUCCAGCUCAACACCUGGGAGAAAAUAUUCAUUAUACUGUUCAUUAUAAUGUUUUUAUAUUCUGUGUUUAAAGUAGGUUAAAUGGUGCAGUGUAUACAGGUUUUUCUCUUAUUGAAUUCAAUGUUACUAUUUGCAAGGUCCUGUGAUGUAUACAUAGUUUUGAAAAAUUGUCUCAUUAAUGGAUUUAAAUUAUCUGUUUUACUUAAAGCCCUGCCUGUCACCAAUUUAAGGUCUGGUGUAUUUUGCUAUUAAAGAAUAUCUCAAUUUGAAAUUAAUUAUCAUCAAUUAAUUAUAAUUAAUUAUUGAAAUUAAUUAUCUCAAUUAUCUCAGUCUGAAAUAAGCAAAUAAGUAAAAUGAAUACCAGUAGCAAAAACCUUGAAAUACCCAGUUUUUAAUAAUUGUAGUGUCACCAUGGAGGAUACAUAUGUAUUACCCAUCUGAUCUAAAGUGGUAAUGUUCUAUCAUGUAGAUCUUCUAUUAAUACAGUUAAUAGUUAAAAGAUAUACAGGGUAGAAACACCAUUGUAGAGAAACAAAUGACUAUUAAUAGAAUUGUUUAAAACUUAUGGCAAUGAAUGCAGUUGAUUAAUAGGUUCUAGAAGAAUAACUUUAAGCUUCUUUACUUACAAUUUUUUGAUACAUAAUAUUUCAGGGUAUAAUAUUAUCUUGAAUACAAGCACCAAUUUUCUAGUUAAAAAUCUGAAUAGUUAACAUUAAAGUUUUAGAAACUGAAAUUCUGAGGCACAUUUGUUAUUAUAGUAGCUGUGUAGCUACUUUUUGGCUUUGAAUUUUGAUGCACAUAUUUCUUUUCCCUGUGGAUCUUUAGAACAGAAGGAUGGAUGUAUUGGCUCUAUUUUGCUGUUCUGCUUACAGAAAGAAUUAUGUGACAAUAUUCUGGCAUCUGGAAAACAUUGGCUUAUAGUUUAUUUGAAUUCAUUUUUCAAAUUUAGACAGAAGGGUGCCCUUUUCAACCAUAAGGGAAUUCAUAUUGCCUUAUUGUGCAAUAUAAACUGUCUAGAAUAAUUUGUCACACAGAGACACAUGUCUCAAUAGUAAACAGAAACUGCUUGGAUUUAUUAUUGCGAGGGUGGAAAGUAUCUGCCAAUAAACAUCCGUACAAAUGCCCAUAAUCAGCUCUUAAUGUUCAAGAUGUUCAAAGUGCUCCUGAAUUCUUUGGCACUAUUUCCAUUGCCGCUUGAAUCAUCACACCAGACUAAUGUACCUCAAAACUUGACUCCAACUGGACAAAGUGGCCACUUUUACUACCAGCAGAUGAUACAGACUCAUCUGUGCUUCAUAUUUUUCUGAGAUAUUCAAUAAGAGGAGCUUGGACAUUAGUGGUACAUGUAUUUGCCUUGUCUUGAUGACAAACUGUUUUGUGAAAAAGCAAGUAUGAAGAAAGACCUAUCUGAAACUGAGGAUCAGAUCUGUGUUUAUCAUAGAAUGUUCAUGAAAUAUUCAGUUUGCCUAUACUGAAGUUUACAGCUUUUAUACCACAGAGGGGAAGGAAUCUGCAUUAAUUUCUGAUCACUUGCUCAUUACAAUUUUUUUACAAAUUUACCUUCAGUUUUAAAGGGCUCUUUUGCAUUCUUUUCUAUUUUGGUUGCUGUGUUUUUAGAUAUUGGUCACUCUUGGUCUCUCACUUAGUGACCAAGGAUUUUCCCAGACUUUUUCUAUUGCUACAUGGUUUGCAAAGGCCUUUACCAAUAGGUUAAAAUAUAUUAAAGGUUAUGGUGCUUUGAAUUCCUUCCUCUAUUUUCCAAUAUGCAUUAGCAAAUUAGCAGAUGAGUUCUUAUCCCAAAAAUCUGUAGUAUAAAGGUUUAUUUUCAGUUUUCUUAGAAUGCGAGAGUCUGAGAUAUUUUUGUCAGGAUGAGAGUGUUUCAGUGUACAUUUUUACAAAGAAAACAAAAUUUGCAUUGGACUGGUGUGCAGCACUGCUUUCACAUUUGGAUUGCACAGGGCAUAAAUGAGUCUAAAAGUGAUCUUUGUAGUGUUUGCUGGAUCAGCAGGAUCAGGGAAAGUAAUUACCUCAGUCUUCUCUGAAGAAUUCUGUGCAAACCUUUCAAUCACAGUCUGUUCUACUUGUGCUGCAUCAAAUUGACACUGACUUGAUUAGUGUUAAUGAAAUUACAUUUCAUUCAUAGUGGCACUGUAAGGAAUAGAUGUUGCUCUUUGGUACAAUGAUGCCAAUUCACUGGAGAUAAGCAGUAAAUUAGGAGCCCUGAGUCCUCAUGAAAUCAUCCUUCUGUGAAGAAUCAAAAUGGUUUCUGUUUGCUGGUGCCAUUCUCUCUGAGACAUUCUUCUGUUCAAAGUAACAGUACUUUUAAGAACACUGAGAGGUUUCCCCUUCUGAACUAGAUUGAUCAAAACCAAAAGCUGAAAGUAGAAGUCUAGUGAUCAAAUGUAUUAUAUUGAGUCCACUAAGAUGUAAAUUAUUUUUUUCCUUCUACAAAUGAUCUUAUCAACUCACCUUUUAAGUCACCCUCCAAAUCAAAAAUGAAAAAUUCAACAAAGUCAACAAAGCUCAUGGAUAGAUGUUAAAUUUCCAGCUGUGAGUGAUUUUCUGAUUAUUUUUUUAAAUUAGCACUACAGAUUUGAAGUUUUUAGUGCCUAAUUCUAAAGCUUUGUUUGCUGAAUCACGCAGGGUAUUGUCCUAAUUUACUAGACUAAGCCACGUUAAACAUUUAAUUCAGCAAUAGAGUUGCAAUUUGCUACCUAAUUCCCUAGUUAAAGAUUUAUUUUCUCUAAUGAUGUUGUGUAAUUCAGAGUUAAUAUUGGGAGGAUAUUAGAGAUACUGGGAUGUUUUAAGAUACUCUGCACCUUUACACUAAUGUAUUAUUUACUGUGCACGAUUCUGAUGGAUUUGUCAGUUGAAUUCAGGAUGCAUUUUGUUUAUCUUUAUUUCUUAAAGGAGAAUUAUAAGAUUAUGCUAUUUUUGCUAACUGCUUUGUGAAGUGAUUUUUUUUGUUCACUGGUGAUUUUUGUGUAAGAAAAAAAUGGUUUGUUCUUGUUAUAUCUUUUUUUUUUUUUUGUUGACCAUUUUUGAGUUGUUUAUAGAGCAGGAGAAAAUAAGACAGAACUUGUGCUGUAUCAUCCAUGUGCAUCAACUUGAAUAUUCAUUAAGCAUAUAGCACACAGACAAUAAGUAAGAAGUCUGAUUCUUUAAAUGCAGAACAUCCUCAGCUUAGGGCUUCAGAAGGAGCUGAGGACCUGGUGUGGCAAUGCUGAUACUGACACUGAUAUUUGGCAUGGUCACACACAAAGUAAUUUCUAAUGUGAGUGGGAAUUUGGCAAUUCUGCUAAUUGUUAUUAGCAGAACUGUAUAGAAAACUUAACAGUGAGUCAAUUUAUUUUGCAAUACUUUCAUCUCCAUACUCCCAGUUGCAGUCAGGGAGAGUUUCCAAUAAGCAGGUCCUGAUUCAGGAAGGUUGGCACAAGGGAAAUCAGUGGCAUGGAAAUAAACCUGUGCAGUAAAGAACGAGCUUUAGUGAUGCUUCAAAUCAAGCAUCAAACAUGGAUGUCAGAGUUUGUUUGUUUGAAUAAUGUCUUAAAUCAGGGCCUUGUAAAACAAAGUGGGGGAACCAGACAGUUCUAAAUUCUGUGUAAAACACCAUGAAAAAUUUUAUUUUUGUGUAUAUGUAAAUGUCAUAGUGAUAUUGACUUAUUUAUUAAUUAAUUUUCUUAUACUAUGUGCCAAGUAUGUUCCUACCCUUUUGAUCAGUACCUGUGAACAUCAAUUACUAAAAAUAAUGUUAUGCAAAACUUGUGCAUUUUAACCAGGAAUAUGCUACUAAUAAUCUGUUGCAUGUAGUUUUUCAAUGAUUAAAAAAACCCUUUAUUUAAAAAAAAUGUAAAUGGAUACCUGCAGAUGUUGAUGAUUAUAUGUGGGUUUGCAUGCCAAAACUCAUUGUUCAGUUGUGGGCAUGAAAUGUAACGACUGUAUUACCUCUACUGAUAUAUUAGUAAGGUACUAUUUACAAAGUAAUUAACAGAGCUCUAUAUGUAAAUUUUUUCCGUUUUACUUAAUUAUAUUGUACUAAAGGUAACAAAUGCUUCUCUGUUACCCAAAUUGGCUGUAGAAAUUACAUUCCUAUAACAGUCAUUUAAAGUCAAUAUUUAUUUAUGUAUGUAAUACAAAAAGAUUGGUCUUAUGUGUUUGUCCUGUUAUUUAGAGAAAAAAUAUACACUUGUAAAAACAUUUUGUAAAAAAAUACAAAUGUAAAUAGAGUCUGAUUUCUUUUACUCACUAUUUUCAUGUUUAGAAUUUGUACAUACUGUUUAUGUAAUAAACUAUCCUACAUCAAAAUAUUGCUACAUUAUCUCCUCCAUACAGAGUUUAGAAUUUUGCUUCUCUUGAGUCGAAGAGGUAGAGCCACCUAAGAAAAAUCAGUGUCAUACCAAGUACCUCUGCUUCAUCUAAAUUUCAUUGUGUCUGAAGUCAUGCCAUUUUACCGUGUCUUUACUAGAACAUUUUGUUUUCUUUACAUAGUCUUCAAAAUAAUGUGAAAAUAAAAUUAAAUAUUAUUUGAGUCAUUUACAUUUAAACCAAUAGUAGAAGUAAAAAGUCAUGCAUAAGAGCUUGCUCUUUCUCUAGCCUAACUGGAUAGUUCAUAGUGAAGAUUUGUUGAUCCUUUUGUUUUGCUAACUUAAAUUAAGUUGCUGGAUCUUUGCCAGUGGCUUGAUCCUGCAAGCCAAAAUUUUCAUGACUGAAACUCAUGGUGAGUCUGUGUAUGCACUAGAUUUGGAGUGUUUUCUGUUCUAAAGUGCAGUAUCCUAUGGUUUAAAUUUUGUAUUUUUAACAAAUAUAAAUAUCUGUCUUAGUACAAAACUUUAAUUGUUUCAAAUUUUCAUAGAUGCACUGUUAUUCUCAGGUGCAAUAUCCUUAGUUCAGAGAUGCACCUUUGAGUACCUCUUGACUUACCUAAUAAACAUUUCUUUUUUGUUAACUUGAUCAAAAUCUCCAAAAUUUCCUGGUAUUUCUAUCUCAUUAGAAUAACUGCUUACAUUUCUAGUUUUGAUUUUCUUCUUACAUAAAUGAGUAAUAUUUAGAAACCCCUCCUAUUUUUAAAUUUUUCUGCAAGUGGGAAUUUCUAUAAUAUUUGCUGUUGUGGUUCAGUAAAGCCAAGUAAGAAUGCUAUAUCACCUGAAAAGCUGAAUGGGUAAGUUGUCAAAAUAAAUGGUUGAGCUGUUCUAUACGAUGUAAUUCAGAAUAGCAAUUCAUUUUUUCUUUCCAUGUCCUCAAAGAAAUAUUUUAUUCUACAUUGGAAUAAAGGACACAAUGACUGGAUUAAAUAAAGCAUAUGAAAUAAAGCAAAUUUACUACAUAUAGAACAGUAUCCAUCAUUUUGGGGGUGGUACAACCUGGCUUUUGUGCACCUAAAACCAGAAUACACUCAAAAGAUGCCAUUUCAUAAAAUAAAUUAAUACAAUGAAAGCCUGUUCCAGUACAAAGCCAAUCCCUCAUAUUUCUAUUUUCUGAUUACAGGUGUUGUGUUGUCAUUGUCUGAAUCUAUGCCAGCCUCCUUGAGGAGGGCCUUGGGCCAAAACAGUGGCUGCAGCCCUCGGUGGCAGUGCAGCACCUGGAGGGUAAGGAAGCACCAGGGAGAGCAGUGAGAAUGAAAGCUUUGAAACAGAGCCAGUGUGCAAGCAGUGAAUUGCUACGUCCCCUUUGCAUUGUGCUUAAUUUCCUUCUUGCUCCUGCUCAAGGUGCUGGCAAGAGUGCAGAUGAAUAUUUAAUACACACCUUGCUAUAAGCAUUUACUGAGUGCUGUGAGGCACAGCAACUAAAGAAUUUAUGAAUGCUUUCUGUACCCAGUUCCUUACCUGUGCUGGUGAUUUAUUCAUGUUACUUAAUAAUGAGCUGCAUUCAGCAGGUCUGUUUCUUCUCAAUGGAAAAUCAGCUUUGGAAGCAGUGGGCUGUCAUUUUUCAGGAGAGGUAGGCAAAUAUGCUGCACACAAAUAUCCCUUUAUAUUUGUGUGCAAAUGUAUUUAUACAGCAAAUAGAGCUUGCUUGUCUUUUGCACAAACUGUUCAGCAUUAAUAUGUGUGCAAUAGUUCAAAAUUUUCUGUCUUUCACAAUAACUCGGAGUUGGCUGAUUAGUAAUGAUUAGUCAACAUUUUUGUCACAAUUUUAUAUUUUAUUUAGAAAAUACUGCCUGAUUUAAAUGGCUCAGACUGCACAGUUGUGAGUAGAUGCAGAGUGAUGAGCUGGAAUUUCCAUGCUGUCAUUUUAUGUAAGUGAAAGGUACAGGAGGCACUGGGAACAGAAGAGCAUCAGUGGCACAAAAAGAUUCUGCUCACCUGAUGUAUUAAUUUCUUUGCCAACAUCCAAUUUCUAGUAUUAAUUCCAGUAUUUGUAGUCAUCUGCAAACAUUCAAAUUAAUAUCUUAAAUUUCUUUUCUGAGACGUGCUGCAAUACUUGCUUGAAAUGUAAAUAUUUCAGAUUUUCUGUGAAUGCGCCUCAAGAUCUGCUAGACUAACCAUGAAACAGGAAUUUGCAAAAAAAAAAAAAUCUGGUAAGUGCUAGUUGUCCUCUCAGAACAGUUACUUACAACUGUUAUUUUUGCUUGGUGUUUAUUGAAUCAUACUGUAGACAAAGAAGAUCCAUACACAUUUUUCCCGUGCUUUGAGGGAAAUACCUCUUGUCACAAAGGACAGCAUUUAAUUGGUGAAAGUGCUUCAUGAGUGACUGAGUCACCAGGGGCUUACAGAAGAUUUACACCAGUGAAUGAACCCUGUACUUUUUUAAUUGUCUGAAGAUGGUGUUAAUUUCUCUUGCCUUUUAACCUGAACUUGAAGGGGAUUUUAGUUUUGCUCUGUAGUGGAUCUGUGUGCAUUACUUUUGUUGUGAAGGACUUGCCUCUGUUACUACUCUUAGUCCUACAUGGCACACUGCAAGCAUGUUUCUCUUCACUGCUUAAUGCUGUAAAAAUUUAGGUUUAUGAUACCUUUCCAAUAGAAAAUAAAUCCAUUAAUAUAUAUAAUGUAUUUAUAGCAGAUUUCAGUAAAAGGUUCCUUGUCAGCAAUGUAUUAUUUGUUCUUCAAUAUAAAGAAUAUUUGCAGCUGUGUUCUUCAACAUAAAGAAUAUUUGCAGCUGUAUCUCAUUUAAAUUAUUAUGUACACAAUAUAGUUUUGUUUGUAGAAUAGAAAAUCUAUCUUUCUACACAUCAGCUAUGCUGGCCACAAGAAACUGUGGUGAGCACAUAUACCUAAAUAUUAAAUGAAUUCGUGGAUGUAACUCAUAUUUGCAUUGAUAAAUGCCAUUAAGAAUAAUUUAUGUUCAGGUUAACUAAAUAUGUCACACUGACUAAAAUGGAUCCCAGUUCAUCUGAAAAACUUUGAUAAAAUCCUAAGGUGAUCCCCUAUUUAUUUUGUAGGUGAUUUUAUAACAUUUGUUAGUAACUUUGUAAAACAUGAAAAAAAAAUUCAGAAUUUUAUAUACACUCGUUGGGAAACUAGGAGUUAAACAACAUAAUUGGUGUCUUCAUAGCUCCAGACUUUAUCUAGGAGACUUGUUCUUUUAUCUCAGCUAACCUCAAAAUCUCUAGCAUAUCUCUGUCACAGGUGAUGGGUUGCUCAGAGCCUUGUCCUUUCAUGUUUUGGAAAUAAGAAUGGGGAUUCCACAUCCUCUCAUUAAUUACUUGUGAAACAACAGUAAGGCAAGCAGUGACAUCUUAAAUAUCAAGGAAAUUGUAUUGAAAAAAAAAUGUGGCAUAAACAACAUCAAUUGGGCCUGUCAUUACAAAGAAAUAAAAAAAAAUUCUUUUAAAGAAAAAGCUUAUACAUUCUUCUAUUUUCAGUAUGUUUGUGAUUAAACCCUUUGCACACUGUCCCUGGGAAUACAAAGCUAAAAGAAAAUGAAACCUGCAACUUCUCAACAUAUUUUUAUUUUGUCAUUAGUUAUCUCUCAAAUCUUGAGAAAUGAGAGAUGAGAAACUUGAUCAGCCAUGUUUCUAGAGAAUUUACUGGUUGCUUAAUUUACAAAACUGCGUGAAUUACGAUUCAUGUGAUAUUUGACCACAUCAACAUUCAAUGAGUUUUUCAAUAUUAAACUGACAAUGGCAAUG